AUGUCGAAAUCGCCACCACUAGAAUUUGGCAGAGAGUACAUUACCUGUGACGGUCCUGAUUGCAAUGUUUUAGCGCCCAAGAAACGGUGCUCUCAGUGUCGCACUGUCUUUUACUGCAGCGUCGCUUGUCAAAAAAAGCACUGGGUGGUAGAACACAAGACUUAUUGUAUGGAUACGAAUAAAUUCAAGACCAGAAUGCUGACUUUGGGAGAUGGAGAAAUCCCACAAGCUCGUGGGGAAUUGAAGGAGGGGCAAGACAAACAGGACUGUGCCAUUUGUCUGCGUCAUCCGAUGGUGGAUCCAUAUGUUUUGCCUUCAUGUGGACAUGCAUUUUGCUUUAGCUGUUUGGCGGAAUGGCAGAAUACGGUCAAGAAUAACGCAGCCGCACCAGCAUAUCCCUCGUUACCAGACGAAUCCAAAAAGCCGAAACUCAAUUGUCCCGCCUGUCGAGCCGAGACACCGGAUGUCCAAGACUCCAUUCUCCAAAAGGCACGACUCUUGGCAGCGAGGGCCAACAAUCGCAAGACAUCAGAAUCCGAGAAGAUUACUCUGAGACGAGAGGCACUGGCCGAACUCGAUCAAUUGGAAAAGAAGGGCCGUCCACCAGUUGAAGAAGUAGUGACUCCCGUAGACGUGCAGAUUUCUUGCCAGCGACUCGCUACUAGAGCCGAGCUGUUGUUGUCGCUUCAAGAGCCGGAAAAAGCCAAGGAAGAACUUCUUUGGUUGCAAGAUCUGACCAAGUUGGCGGCCACGAAUCGUGAAGAGUUCAAUUCCAUGGUCAAGCAAGGAGAAGCACUCACGGCACAAGGGAAGGAAGACGAAGCCGAAGAGGUGCUUCAGAAACUGGACGAGUAUAAAGCAAAGCGCAAUACUUUGUCACUGUUGAACUUUAGCUUCGAUGUCUAUGCUAUGCUGGCAAGAGCCGAAGAAAUGAUGGAGAAUUGGGAAGCUGCCAAGUUAAUGUACUUUGCAAUGAUGGAGAACAUGACUGACCAUACCACAGCAACCCCUCCCCAACAACGAGAGAUGUACAUGGGAAUGUGCCGUGUUGCUUAUCACCUCAAGAGGUAUGACAAGGCUUUGGCGGCAGGAGAAGUGGUCCUGGAAAUGAAUCGACACUUUCCGUUUUGCCACAAGUACAUUGCGCUCAGUCAAAAGGCAAUGGGAGACAUGGAUGCUGCCAAAGUGACAAUGGCUCGAGCUUUAGUCUAUGAGGCACCGUGGGAUGAUCAGCAUCAUGAACAAGUCCUUGAGCUGUAUCGUGAAAUUGUAGGUGAAGAGCCAGAAGUAAAGAGCAGCUGA